GAUCGAUCUCCGAGAUAGAGAGGAGCUGAGGUAGGUCGCCAUGGGUUUCAUCAUGGAGUUCGCGGAGAACCUGAUCCUGCGCCUGAUGGAGAACCCGGAGCAGCGGGACGAGGCGCAGCGGGCGCACGUCUACCGGAUGAAGGAGCGCUGCGAGCGCACCAAGGCCGCCUGGGCGCUCCCGCUCCGCCCCUACGGCUUCUGGACCUUCGAGCGCUUCAACUCCCAGCUCGCCUCCGACCCCCAGAUCAGCCAGGCUGCCGGACGCCGCGACCCCUACGACGACCUCAUCACCCGCCACACCAGCCCCAACCCGCCCUCUUCGUCCUGAAACCGAAUCCGAUAUCCUUCAUGAGGAAGUGUGGUUGCGCCGAAUCUACAGGGGCAGCAAUAAGGAAUUUCCCUCAAAAUGAUCGUGAAGGGCAUUCUCUUCUGCUUCAUUAUUUUUUAUCCCCGAACUGCCCUAGUUGGUUCAUCUCCUGAAUGGUUACUUUGACAAACUUGCAGUUUGACAAGAUGCCAGAGAAGUGUUUUGUAUCCGCUGAUUAAAGUUUUUAAUAAUCUCACUGUGCUUGCCUUUGGUAAUAUUAAAACCUUCCAAUGAUAAUGAGACCUUAAGUUCUCUUCCUGGAUUGAA